AUGCUCGACUUUCACGACGCCGAUGGAAAGGACGAUGACGACAUGAGAAAUGAUACUGGGGAACCGUUGCUCGCAACUGAACGUAUUCGUUGCGGUAAAGGUCGACAGAUGGCGAAAUGCUGGAAAUCACCACUGCAGCUGCCAUGGUAUCUCCAUGGAUUGUUGCUCUUGGUCUACUCCAGUGUCUAUCUGCUGUUGGUUCUCUCAAAACUUCAGCCAUCAUGCCUCGAACAAUCACGUCCUGCAAACCUCACCCGCCCUCUCCCCUCCCGAGAAGGUCUCCAAUGGGGGGAACGCAAGUUCCCGACCAACAUAGUUGACAAUCCUUUUACUGGAGCUCCUCGACCAGAGCUAGAUGAAGCAUGGCAUCGUCUUCUGCUUAAUGACAAUAUCCGGGUCCCGAAGUCCUAUCUCGACGAGCAGAACUUGACAUCGGUCUAUACCAAAGAUGGACUUGAGGGCAUUGCGUCACUCAGCGCGUAUCACUCAUUACACUGUCUCAAAAAAGUGAAGAAGAUGCUAUUCAAGGAGUAUUAUUACCAUGAGAAAAGUGAUGAGGCCAUGGCAAGAGAGGCCAAACACGUCGACCAUUGCGUUGAAUACAUCCGCGAGAGUCUCAUGUGCCAACCUGAUCUCUCCAUGGUAACCUUCCGGUGGAUCAACAAUACGGCACAACAUGAAGACAAAUCUGCCUUUUAUCCCACGAACUUCGACGUUUCACUCCAUACUUGUGCCGACUGGCAGGCGCUUGAUACAUGGGCCGGGGAGCGGGUGUUUGAUCUCUUUCAGGUUGAUCUGCUGAAAAGGCCAGAGCCUGACCAAAGCAAGCGAUUGUAG